AUGGCCCCGGUUAACUUUGGAUAUGUUCUCCUUUGGAGUGUCUCUCUUUCAUCCGUAGUGGCCCGUCCAAACGGCAACAGCAACCAGGCAAAGCGACAGCUUUUGGGCUCUGCUGUACCUUCAGGUGUGCCUUCACCCUCCCCAUUACCAUCCAUCUCUAUCUCGGCAUCUAUCCCAGCUAGCGCCGCGAUUCCAUCCGCUUCUGCUGCCGCCGGAGGCCUUCUUGGAGGCCUUCCACUCCUAGGUGGCGUCACUGGCUCUCUUCCUGUUGUUGGGAGUGCGAUUGGAGGCUCUUCUAGUCCUCUCGGCGCUGUAACUGGCGCCACAGGAAGUCUUCCCGUCGUCGGAGGUGUUCUUGGAGGCGCUUCCAAUCCCCUCGGUGCUGUAACUGGCGUCACAAACAGUCUGCCUAUCGUCGGCGCUGGGUCCAGCCCGCUCGGUGCCGUUACUGGUGCCACGAGCAGUCUUCCCGUCGUUGGAGGUGUACUUGGAGGAGUCUCCAACCCUCUCGGUGCAGUGACUGGCGUUGCAGGUAGUCUCCCCGUCGUUGGAGGCGUAGUCGGAGGGGCCUCCAACCCUCUCGGCGCAGUGACUGGCGUUACAGGUAGUCUUCCCGUCGUUGGAGGUGUGCUCGGGGGCGCCACCAGCGGAAACCCGUUGGGAGCCGUCACCGGCGCAGCAUCUGGCGUCGUCAACACGGCAACGGGGGCGCUCGGCUCCGUUCCUGUUGUCGGUGGUGUUGCCAACACUGCUUUGAACACCGUCACUGGUGCAACUGGCAGCUUGCCCGUAGUUGGAGGCAUCCUAGGUGGUGCUGCCCCUGCUGCUCCUGCUGUUGCUGCUCCCUCAGCUGUGCCCAACCUCAGCCCUGCUCCUCUCACCGGUAUCCCCGGAACCGACCCCGUCGGAGCUUUCUCUAUCAGCGUGAUCGCUACCUUGCUUUCCUUGUUGAAGAAGGACCCCCUUUCUCUCUUUGCUCCUGCUCGUCCUAUCCCUGCUCUCGUCAGGCGUGAUGCUCCCGAGCUUGCAGAGCGUGACAUGGAGGACCGUAUGCUUGCUAAGCGUCAGCUUCCCGGUCUUUCUCUUCCCGGCCUUCCCUCUCUCUCCAGCGGUCUUCCAGGCGUCGGCGUUGGUGGACUUCCUUCUAGCGGCAUCCCAGGAGUCAGCCCUGAUCUGGCCUACCUUGUUGGCUCCAUCGCCAAGAACAUUGCCAUCCCAGGAGGCAACGGUCUCGGUAGCGUCACCGGCUCCAUCCUCUCCGUCCUCAACGGCAUUGUCCCCAACUUCCUCUUCCAGCUCCCCGUUGUCCAAGACUCCGUCGCUACCUUCGGUGUUCUCCAGCUUCUUUCUUCUAUCAACCCGGCCAAAUUCUCUACAUUGGUCGGCCUAAACAGCCUCACUGCUCUCAGCCAGGCUGCUAGCACCAUCCCCGCUGGUGACCUUGCCUUCAUUAAGGGCCUCCCCGUCGUCAACGACCCGAGCAACCUCAUCAGCACCAUCACGGGUUUCACCGACAACAUCUUGAGCCUUCCCGGUAACGUCGCCAACUUGAAGGCCAGUGUUGCCGUCCUCUCCCUCAAGCACUUGGGAUUGUCCGUCGCUGGGCUCGGCUAG